GAAAACGAAAACUGGUGCAGAUAAGCUAGAGAGAGAGAGAGAGAGAGAGUGAAAACUAGUGUAAUCUGCAAUCGGAGUUUAUAUACUCAUCGGUGAAUUCGUCGGAGAAUCUGCAGAGAGAUGGCGGCGGCGGCAGCUGUAAUGAGUUGCGGAGCUCUAUCGUCCUCCUUUAGAACCCUAGCUAUUGUUCAUACUUCAAAUGCACGGACGAAAGAUGCUUCGUUUAGGUCACUAAGCUUUUCUGCUUCUACCUCACACAAUUUGUUCUCAGCAGGGCUAGUACAGAUGAAACCAGUAGUGAGGCCAACUCAGCGUUCAAUUGUAUGUGAGGUCGCAAAAUCGAAGGCUGAUUCCGCUGCGAAGCGAGCUAGACAAGCGGAGAAGAGGCGGAUUUAUAACAAAUCUCGUAAAUCUGAGGUCAAGACCAGAAUGAAGACGGCGUUGGAAGCCUUAGAUUCACUUAAGAAGAAGGCAGAGGCUGCAUCGGAGGAAUUGGUUCCGAUUGAACGGUUAAUUGGUGAGGCAUAUUCUAUUAUUGAUAAGGCAAUUAAGGUUGGGACAUUGCAUAGGAAUACUGGUGCAAGGCGUAAAUCUCGACUUGCAAGGAGAAAGAAGAUGGUUGAGAUUCACCAUGGCUGGUAUACUCCACCUCCUCCUUCUAUUACUACCACUGAUUCAGAAGCCAUCAUUGCCUAGAUUUGGAUAUUCAUCUCAUUCUUCUUGUUCUUGUUCAACUACUGCUACAUUUUGUAUGCAUUUGUGUAGAGAUAAAACAACUUCUUCUUGCCAUGAUUCUUCUCACAUCCUUUGCUUGCACCUAAAUUUAUUAAAUCUUGUUUAAUUUUCCUUAUAA